AUUUUCCUCUAAAUCUAAUAGUGGAAACUAGUUUCAUUAACGAUCAUGUUCAAGCGAAUUUUAUAUAUUAACAUUGCCACUAUUGGCUCGAAAAUUUGUGGAUUUAUAGCACCGCUACUUAUUCCACCUUUGCAUAUUGCUUUUCUAUACUAUUUCUGGCAAGAUUUUGCUCGAGAUGUCGAUAAGCAAUAUUGUUCUUGUUCUUGUUGGGAUACUGUUUUCAAAGGUUCAUAUGAAUCGGGAAUUGCUUCUUAUAAACAUAUGUACUUUAAUGCAACAUCGAAUACAUUAAAAAUAUGGAUAUCAAUUGUUUUUGGAGUAAUUGUAUUCUAUGAAACGGUCAAGUAUUUAACAUGGUUGGCAUUCCAAAAUCGUCUUCGUACAAGUAUGUUCAUUCUCUUCCUGUCUGCUGUCUUCUCACAUUAUUAUUCCUGGUGGGUCUACAUUAAUUAUUGGAAUGAUGAUUUUUAUUCUCAAUGGUACCAUCAAUUAUUUUUCUCCAUCACGGAACUGAUAUCAACAAUACUUGUGAUACAUUUGGCUGAUGAUAAAAAUCCUGUAACACAUCGUAUAGCAUUUGGAAUUAGUGCUAUUGCACUUAUGCAUAUUCUUGCUGGAGGAUGGGAUCAAUUUGUCACAAAUGUUGUCAGGGGAGAAGGAUACGCGCAUCAGGUCGUUCGCGAUCUUGGCUUCAUGAUUCCCGAUAUUCUGCAUGUAAUUAUACCUUUAUGGUCAUUGCGAUGGAGAUCUAUCUACAGUCUUCCCGGAGCUGGUUUGAAAGAUCCUAAUAUCAAACGCGAUCUUACUUUCAUGUUAGGAAUGGUUCUUAUCGGUUUACUUAUUUGUGCAAUUUUAUAAUUUUAUUUUUUUUCAAAUUUUACUUUCGAGUGCAAAAAAUAAUUUUUUAUUGCGAAAAUAUAAACGAAAUAAGUAACAAAAAGAAUAUAAUUAUUAAAAUAUGGACGUUAAAUUUCGGAAAAUUGAAAUUUUCCUUUUGAAUAAAAAUAUUAGUACGUUUCCCUUUAGAGAACAAAAAUGUAACUGUUAGAUAUCACUUUAGUCAACAUACAUAUAUGUAUUUUAUGAAUAAGAUAGGAACUGAAAGUUUUAAACAAAAUCGUAGAAUGAACUCAAGACAACGUAACAGUAUUUUUAGGAAUAUAGUUGUUCGUAUAGUUGUUAAGAAACUAUAGAGAUAUCAAAAUGUUAGUAGUUCAGUAAUCGUUGGUAUUUAACAACCCCCCCCACCCUCUCUCCCCCUCUAUCAUAUCAUUUUCACUAUUUGUAGUACGUAUAUACAUUUUAUAAUUAUAGUAGAAUAACUUUUUAUAAUCGCGAUUUUUUCUAUUAUUGUUACAAUGGAGAAAAAUAGUUUUUGACAUUUUACUGGUUAAGAAAUUGUUUUUUCUCGGUACGUAAUAACUAAAAAGUGGAAGUUAAAUAUAUAAUUUUUUAAUAAGACUGAGAAUAACAUUUUAAAACUGACUAAGGAGAAAGUAUCAAAUGCUACUAAAAAUCAAAAAAAAAAAAAAAAAAAAAAAUGUUU